CCAACAUUCUGACUCAAAGGACUGAGGAGCUUCUGAGAAGACACUGGUGACUCUUCUGGAUCCCUAGGGGAAAAUAUUCAUCACAAUGACGGCGAAAAUAGGCUUACUUCUGAUUCUCCUGCUAACCUUGUUGACAGGUGUGUGUCCUCAGAGACCCAGAGACGUAAAUGUCAAGGCAGGUGAGAUGGUGGCGCUGUACUGCCGCCCUGACAGGAGGAAUAAUCAUGGCGAUGCUGGAGUGAUCUGGAGAAGUUACACCACCCAGGAGAUGAAUUUGACCGCCAUGUCAUCAGCUGAGCAGAAGCAGAUGGGCCUGCUGGUUCAUGGGAGGAGUCUCGUCAUUCUCAGUGCUUCUGUAAAGCAUCAGGGGAACUACUCGUGCUCUCAGGGGGACGCCGGCAGCCAGGCCUGGUUCAGGCUGACAGUUUACACAACACAGAGAGAGGGUGAGGAGAUGAGCCAGUACCCUCAAACCUGUUACGCACAAGAGGCCUGCACAUUGUAUUGCCCUGAUGUUAAUGUCCCUGCUGAAGGUAUUCUAAAUAUUACCAGCAACGACAUAAUAUGGCGCAAGGUGGGCGAGUCAUUGCCAAUACAUGGUUACUUCUCACGUGUGAAAGAGAAAGACCAUGGUGCCUACACCUGCAGCAGAUCUUACCUAUAUAAUGGUCAAAUAUAUAACAGGACCUUUACUGUGCUGCUUGACGUCAAACCAAAGGAAAAAUCUGGAACACCAGUAAUACUUUCACCACUCGGUGGUGAUGUCUUUCAUGUAGAUUUAGGCUCAACAAAGGUGAUUGAUUGUGAAGGUGUCAUGUAUUCAGACUUUGAUGGCAUGUUCUGGUACAGCGGGGAGUCAGUUGUAGAAACAAAAAACAGCUAUUCAAUUUUCUACAAUACAACACGGGAAAAGAAUGCUGGAGAAAUAAAGAUGACAGCAUCUCUCGUCUUCAAAAAAGUGUCAGAGGUGGAUUUAUCAAAAAAUUACACCUGUAAACUUACAUCUGUCUCUGGACACUCAAGCUCUGUCACCAUCACUUUGGCCCAAAAAACACCUCCUUCCUCCUUCUCCCUGGCUCUCAGCAUUCUCUGUGCCGUGGUGGUGGUGGUGGUGUUCGUUGUAGCAGUUGUUGUUAUUGUGAAGCUAUCCUUGUCCAAGAUCUGGCCUGCUGCACACCACCCAUGCAGCGUUUGUGGAGCAGCAGACCCACUUGAUCCAAGACUGAGUCACAAUUAAAAUAUCAUGUCAGUGUUUUAGUAUAAUACAUAUAUAUUUAGCUCACACUGAAAGAUGACUCACUGCUGUCAUACUACGCUUUAUAUAACAGAAAUAUAUUUUUAAAGAAAUAAUUUUUAAUGUUUAAAUAUUUUAAGGUUUUGUUGGGAUUUAUAAUUUACCUUAACACUAUUUUUUAAGAUCCUCUACCUCACUGUUUUCCUUCUCAUAUGUUCUCCAUCCUCUCACCUCUGAAACUUUUUUCACCUGCCACUCCAUAUGUCAUAAGAAUACAAUGUCCUAGUGUAGUGGUGCCCCCUCCUGGUGAGCUCCAGCACUGCAAAUAUUCCAUCUGAUCAUGAGCUCUUGAUGGUUGGACACAUCUCAUUGAGUGAAAAGCUUCUUUUCACAGCACACUUUUUGACUUGACCUCAUAUAAGCUUAUAUUUCAACCCCUAGGCAUAUUUUGAAUGUGGAUAGGGCAAGUAUCUUUAUCUCUUAUUUAUUUAUAUAUUAAUUCAUUAAAAAUGAUCAUUUUACAUCAUUUUUAGAAUUUGUUUUAUGUUUUUUUUUAAAUUUUUUAUUAUUAUUUUUUUUUUUAGCUCAGAACAAGGUGCCUCAACCGUCCCAGGGAGGUGGAAUUCUGGGAAAAUGCAUUCCUUGUACAUUCACAAGUUUGGGUAAAGCAAAAUAUGUGUUCUGAGUUUGUGAUUAAAAUAAAUGGCAAGUAAAUAAAAUUAGGUUUCAAAAUUGUGAAAUAAUCAGCAGCAUUCUCUGCUGAGACGCUCUUGAAGAACAAGAGCCACUCCAAAGCGACGGACUCUCGUUCAGCAGCUCACAGCAGCUAACAUUAACUCAGAGCACACACCUACAGCAGUGAGCAGUAACUGUCUAAAGGUAUGUCGGUGAUGGUCAUUUUGCCUGGGGUUAUAUGAUUGUAGCAUUUAACAGUUAUUUAUUCAUGUAUGUAUCAGGGGUGUCAAACUCAUUUUAGUUCAUGGGCCACAUACAGCACAAUUUGAUCUCAUAUGGGCCGGACCAGUAAAACCAUUGCAUAAUAAUCUCUACAUAACAAAGCUUUUAAAUAUGUACCUCUCUUUUAGUGUAAUGAAGUAACAUUACAGGCAGCUUACACCCUGAAAACACUGACAAUAAAUAAAUAAUCCAUAAACAAAAUCAAUGAUGAACAGCCUGAGUUAAAACCUAAAAGAUGACAGAAAAAUAAGUGCCAUUUCAAUAAUAUGUCUGUUUUUCAGCAAACUCACCCUCAGAGUGCCACUUUGAUGCUGUUCCAUCUGCAAUAAGGUAGCUAGCUAGCUUUCACAGCUGCAAUGCCGAUCUCUCAACUAAAACUAAAACCAAACUUGUUUCCUCAAACCUGCCGACAAUUAAAUUUAUCUUUUCUCUUAGUUGUCCUUGCAAGUUGUUGCAUUUUUGCUGUCAUGAGUUUGAUAGUGGUGCUAAAUACAAUAUUUCUUAUGCACUGAAAGGUGCUGCGAGCAUACCAAGCUCACUGGCUUCCCAUUUACCUCUGUCGGGCAAUCAGAGUUAGUUUAUUUGGACAAAUAGUAAUAGUAGUGCAUUUAAUUGAAAAAUUAGAGUUAAUGACUUCUCUGCAAUUUUAACUUGAAAUUUAUUGAGUGGGCCGUUUGGUGGGGGCCGUAUGUUUGCCACCCCUGUAUUAGACUGAAAGAGCUAAGAGAGCUUGUGGAACGUAGUGAAACCACAUUCACACAUGGGGUGAGCUAAAUGACUCUGAUCCGUUAGUAGUAGCAUAACUCUAUAUAGUAGAGGUGAGGUUAUGAUAGGAUGGUGUCUGUGCAUCAUAAGAUUUCAGGCCCGCCCAGAAAAUCCUGGGCACAGGAACUCCGCAAUGCAAAAUGACACUGUUCACAGACACAGUAUUUUCUAGCAUGUAUAAUGUAUUUAGAAAGAAAUGAUUAAUUCUUCUUGAACAAAACUGUGCCUUUUCACAUUUCAGUUACCCUCGAAAAAACUUGAUAGCAGCACUUGAUAAAUUGUUAGCAGACGUGUAGUUCUGUUCAGGGAUCAAAUCAUUUUUUUUUACUGUCCAAGUAGUCUGUGUGUAAUGGAAAGUUAUUAUGUGUCGAUAUAAAAGUGUCCCAGCCGACCCCACUCUCACCCUCUGCGAGUACUGAGUGGAAAUGUGAGCCGCCACAUGGAAAUGGAAACCUAACUAAUUUCCCGCAUAAAGGUCAUGUUAUCAUGCAGAGUGCCACUCAGUCUGUGAAAGCAGUUAGUGACUGUGUCUCUAAAGAUAACCCUCAGUGAUUUAGUCAGUGAAAAGAUUCUCUCCUGUAGAAUCCAAUGUCUUUUUGCAUUUGUUUUUUUUACGUGUGCUUUAAUUUAUCUGUAUAUGUAUAUAUGUACACAUGUAUGUAUAUAUAUGAUGUGUAUUUAUUUUUUUAACUUUUUAUCUUUGUAUUUCGAUACUUGUAUGUGUGAUAUGGAUAUGUUUUUUUAUCUUUAUAUUUCUAUAUUUGUAACUGUAUGAUGGCACCUUGGGGCUGGGAGAAAGCGCAGGUUCGUUGCCAUGUACCAUUAAAGAUA